AUGGCAGCCUGCACCGCGAUGCUGGACAAAGAACACCAAUCUCUAGCAACCAGACCACAGGACAGUAACAGCUACUCUCUGGGAAAUAUUGGAGAUCACAAUGUCGUUAUAACUUGCCUACCCUCGGGAAUAUACGGGACUACUUCAGCAGCGACGGUGGCAAUGGAUAUGACGCACUCUUUCCCCUCUAUCCGGUACCGAUUCAUGGUGGGAAUCGGAGGAGGUAUCCCAUCAAAGAAGAAUGACAUUCGUCUGGGAGAUAUAGUCCUGUGCAAACCAACGGAUACAAUUAGCGGCGUAUUCCAAUAUCAUAUGAGGAAAAAGUUGCAGGGAUCUCGCUCCCUAUCUACUGGGGCAUUAAACAAGCCACCACAUACACUUUUAACAGCGAUAGCAAUCCUCCAAUCACAACACUUGGUGAACGAGAGCAAAAUAUCCAGCUACCUGAGUUCUAUGCACACUAAAAUAGGCGGUAAAUGGUGUAAUUUUAAACGACCACAUCCUGCUACCGAUCGUCUGUUCAAGUCCGAGUUCUUUCAUGUUGAACCAAACGACGACACAUGUGCGAAAUGCGCGGCGGCUGGCGAGCAAACUCGUCCCGUCCGAGACACCGAUCAACCACAAAUUUACUAUGGCCGGAUUGCGUCAGGAAAUAGUCUAGUUCGUGAAAGUUGCAUACGUGACCGUUUGAGUGAACAAGGAUUCCUCGCCUUUGAAAUGGAAUCCGCCGGACUCAUGGAUCGCUUUCCAUGUUUGGUGAUUCGGGGAAUCUGUGAUUAUUCGGAUUCCCACAAGAACAAGGGAUGGCAAGGGUAUGCAGCCGCUACAGCGGCGGCCUAUGCAAAGGAGAUAUUGUCUGUAAUUCCUGCGGGCUAA